AUGAUGUCGGAGAAGAUUAUGUUGAAGAGCUCGGAUGGUGAAAUCUUUGAGGUUGAUGAAGCGACUGCACUCCAAUUGACAAGAGUUGCUAAAGAAAAACACGUCAAACAAGCAGUCCCUAUUAUAAACGUCGAAGGCAAAAUCCUCUCGAAAGUGAUAGAGUAUUGCAAGAAACACGCCGAUGCUGAUUCUUCGUCGCACGGGACCUCCAAAAUUAAUCUUAAGAAGUGGGACGCUGAGUUCAUGAAAGUCGAUCAAUCCACGCUCUUUGGUAUUAUGAUGGCUGCGCAUGAUCUUAACAUCAGAAGCUUGGUUGAUCUUACUUGUCAAACAGUCGCUAGCAUGAGCAGAGGUAAAACUACAGAUGAAAUUCGUGCAAUCUUCGACAUCCAGGACGACGAAAUGAGACCCGUGGAAGAAGAAGAAAAGAUUCGUAAGGAGCAUCCAUGGGCUUUUGAAUGA